CGGUAGUACACAGUUAGGUGUUCGUCACUGGAAGAGUGGGGGCGCUGCCUUUAGGUAUCUGCGGGUGACGACGGCCUUUCUGGUUCGUCAUCGGCACGUUGAAGGGAAGGGAGAAGAGAGAAGGGUGAAAAGUGAAAAGGGGGUCGUUCGAGAUGGCGAGGGGGAGGAGGUUCUCUGCAGCUGAGGUCUCGGUGAUUGCCGUGGCAAUCGUCUGCCUUGUAGGCUUCCCUUCUGUUGUGCGCUGCGCCGGUGACGUCGAGGGGUCUGAUGUGCUUGUACUGACGCCGGAAACGUUCGAUGAGGUUGUGGGCAAGGAUCAAUACGUGUUUGUGAAGUUCUAUGCCCCCUGGUGCGGGCACUGCAAGAGGUUGGCACCGGACUGGGACGUACUGGGUACCGCAUUCAAGAAGGUGGGAUCUGUUGCUAUUGCAAAGGUGGACUGUGAUGCUCACAAAGAUCUCUGCUCCAGGUUCUCGAUCAGCGGGUACCCUACGUUGAAGUUCUUCCCGAAGGGAUCUCUGAGUCCUCGGGACUACCAAAGCGGGAGGACCCCAGAUGACCUGAUUGAGUUUGUGAACAGGGAGGCAGGCACCCAUGCAAGGACGUCAACCCCCCCCUCCAAUGUCGUGGUACUGACACCGUCCAAUUUCGAUGCGAUUGCGCUGGACCCGAGCAAGAAUGUACUCGUGGAGUUCUAUGCCCCUUGGUGUGGACACUGCAAGAGUCUGGCUCCCAUCUACGACAGAGUCGCAGAUGCCUUCUCUGCUGAGGAUGGUGUGGUCAUCGCCAAGGUGGAUGCUGAUGCUCACAAGGACCUCGGCAGCAAGUACGGGGUCAGCGGAUUCCCUACGCUGAAAUGGUUCGGUACGGAGUCGAAGCAUGGGGAAGACUACGAGGGGGGCAGAUCGCUUGAGGAUCUGGUUACGUUUGUGAACGGGAAGGCGGGAACGCACAGGAAUGUCCAUGGUGGACUCACCGGCGAUGCAGGACGGGUUCCAGAGCUUGACGAGAUUGCCAAGGAGUUCAUGUCGGCGGAUGAAUCUGCCAAAGAGGGGCUGCUCAAGAAGGCCGAGGAGAGCGCCGGCAAACUCACAGGCGCAGCGGCUGCUCAUGCUGAGAUCUACGUGAAGGUGUUUAAGUCUGUGCUCAAGAAAGGAGCGGAUUACGCCGUCAAGGAGGGAGAGAGGAUUUCGCGAAUCCUCAAGUCUAAUGCUGUUGCCAAGGCCAAGGAGACACAGCUCACUCUGAAGAAGAACAUCCUCACCUCCUUUGCUACCUAAGAGGCUUCUGUCUGGAUUGUUGGCCUUAUGAUGCACCAUAUCCCAGUCGGGAACUGAAUGCUUGGCAGAUUGCUGUUCUGUGGUCCACAUUGAUGCAUCCUGCCGUUGAUAGUUUCAUGGUAGAUGCAUCUCUCUCUCUCUCUCUCUCUCUCUCUCUCUCUCUCUCUCUCUCUCUCUCUCUCUCUCUCUCUCUCUCUNUCUCUCUCUCUCUCUCUCUCUCUCUCUCUCUCUCUCUCUCUCUCUCUCUCUCUCUCUCUCUCUCUCUCUCUCUCUCUCUAGUUUCAUGGUAGAUGCAUCUCUCUCUCUCUCGCUCGCUCGCUUGCUCGCUCUUUUGGACACAUAGACACGCUUGCUAACUCACACAGUCAGCUGUGUGGGGUAGUGUUUUGAAGGAAAGCGAAGAGGAAGAUCUCAUGCCUCUUGCGUUGGCAGUGAAGAGGCUGUGCGGUUGUAGGAUUAGGCUGGUUCGCGUAUUUAGCCCGUUGGGUUGGAGAUGGGUUUGCUGAGUGAAGCAUAGCCCUCUCUUUUUUCGUGUAGCAACGAUAUGAAGGAAAUUUUGUUCAAGGUUGGUGUGGUCUUUGGUGUCCCGUCUUCUCUCUCGCCUACUCCCACUCAGUACAAUUAUGCCUGUGGUUUGUAUGCACAUUUUGCCACGCCCCAACCAACCACUUUUCUCUGCUUUUCAUCACAACUAUGGUGGGCCUUGCAGGUUAGUGAGCAACCCCUUGC